CAGCGGCAGAAAUCGGGUAGUUGGCGGACGACGAAGCCAUGUCUGCCCCAGGCUCCCCGUCGUCUCUGGGGCCCCGCUGGGCCCCGACCCACGUCCAGGUGACGGUCCUCCAGGCGCGGGGGCUUCGCUCCAAGGCCAAGGGCGGCGGCGGCGGCGGCGGAGGGAGCGACGCUUACGCGGUGAUGGCGCUGGGCAAGGAGAAGUUCGCCACGUCGGUGGCCGAGCGCUGCCUGGGCUCUCCAGUGUGGCGGGAGGAGGCCACCUUCGAGCUGCCCCCGCCGCCCCGGAGGAGCCUGUCGGCGGGAGGGCCUCCGCUCUCGGACGGGCCCACGGCCGUGCUGCAGCUCACCGUCCUCCACCGCGCCCUGCUCGGCCUCGACAAGUUCCUGGGGCGCGCCGAGAUCAGCCUGGCCGAGCUGCACUCCGAAGGCGGCCGCCGAAGCACACGAUGGUACAAGCUUCACUCCAAACCAGGAAAGAAGGAAAAAGAGAGAGGUGAGAUUGAGGUGGAUAUCCAAUUCAUGAGGAGCAACAUGACAGCCAGCAUGUUUGAUCUGUCCAUGAAAGAUAAGUCACGGACCCCAUUUGGCAAGCUGAAAGACAAGCUAAAGGGGAAACGAGGCAAUGGAUUGCCAGACACAGCUUCAGCUAUUGUUCCUAGCAUUAGUCACUCCCCGGCUGACAGUGAGGAAGAGUCAAAUGAGAAAUUAAAGAAAAAAUCAAAGUUCAAGACCUUAUUCUCCAAACCUGGUUUACAGAAAAGCAACCUCUCUCAGUCCAUGUCUGUGCUACCUUCUCUCCAACCGGUUACAGAGAGAGUUCGACUUAGACCUAGUGACUUUGAAUCGCAAUGGAGUGAUAUUGAUGAUGACGACGACACUUUAACUCCUGUCUCAGAGAAACCCUCCACAAAUAAAACUGAAGAUAACCUGCUUUAUCCACCUUCCACCAACUCUCAUAAGAGAACAGGUAGUGCAGAUAGCAAGCAACUAAGCCAAAUCUCUUCCAGUAACACCAAGAAGGAUGUACAUUCUUUAUUUGGUGGACUGAAGUCCAAAAGUGACCCCAUUUCCCGGUCCAAUGUGUGUAUCAAUGGCAGUCAUGUUUACAUGGAGCGUGAACCCAAAAGUGAUAGCCUUCCAAAAGACAGCACUCUAUCUUCCCCUCAGAUAUCCCAGCGAAAACGUCUCUUUUUGUCCCAGGAGAACUUGUCUUCUGAACCCAGUAAGGAACCUGAGAUGACAGGAAGACUACCUUCUGACAGAGGACCACCAGGGUCUUCCUCACUGGAGUCCUUUAAAGCCAUGACUCUACCAUCAUACAAGUUGCUGAGUGGUGGGGAUAUGCCAGAAAGCAACACUCCAGUUAUUUCAGACAGUCCAAAAGAAACCAAAGAGAACAAAAAACAGGAGAACAAGAAAUCUGGCUUGCUGUCUCUUAUGACAGGAAAAAAAGAAGCUAAAGUGAGUGAGGAAGUAGAGAGCAAUGCAGACACCACUCUGAAGGGGAAGGAAGUAAAACGUAACGAAAAAGAGUUGGCCAAGAAAGAAGCAAAUGCAUUUGAAGUCCCUGUGGAUAACAGAAGAGGUCAUAGCUCAGAUAAGAGCAGCACUGCAGAUCUCCAAAUCACAAAGGCAUCCUUGAACCCUUUUGAUGAAAACAUCUCAGCAGAAGAGAAGCCAGAAAACAACUCGGCUUCUGUGAAACCAUCUCAGACCAGACCCGUCAAGCCCAGACUGGGCGUGUCUUCAGAGGAUGAAACCAAAGCCACUUCUGCUAUUUCUGCACCUCCUUCUGCUUCUCUUUUCUCUCCUUCCUAUCACUCUAAUAAAAACAACCCUUUUAUCUCUAAAUUUGAUCCAGAAGAGCAACCUCAGGACACUGAUAGGUUCGCUAGUGAAAACAAUCCGUUCACUGCAAAAUGGGGACAGAAAUCCAAGCAAGAUACUGAAUGCUUUAUAGCUACUUCUUCUGCUUCUGGAAAUGAAAAUAAACCAUUUGCUCCUAAAAGGGAACAAGAAUCCCAGAUAGAGGAUUCUUCAAACUCUGCUAAGUCUCCCCUGCCUGUUUCUGCAACUUCUGUUCUUGAGUUGGAUCCUUCUGGUCUUGAGUUGGAUAUUGAUAAUCCUCCCGUGUCUAAAGUGGGAGAGGACUCUGAAAGUUUUAACAGUCCUCCCGCAUCUUUCUCUGCUUCCUCCUUAGCAGGAAACCUUGAUGAUUCCAAGCACGUUCAUGUUGUGCCUUCGGAGAAGCCCCAAAAGGAAGGUUUAACUAAUCAGAUAGACCCUGUAUCCAAUUUUCCUGGAUCUCUAGCUGGCAGUCCCUCUUCACGGUUUUAUAAUAGGGUUGGAUUCAUCCUGAAGUCUCAGGGCGAUGACAAAGUGCACAUAGUGCCACCAUUUAAGGAAAACCAAGGGAGCAUAAAGAAGUCAGUAACCUUUGCCGUUGAGGAUGAAAAUGUGGGGAGUAGUGGCGACGAUGCUUCAGAUGGUGAAGAUUUGGUUGAGAGCUGGCAUGAUGAAAACGAGAUUUCAAUAAAUCCCACUGAAAGGAAUGAGAGGCGAAGACCUGAACUAUAUGUAGAACAUUGUGCUGCACCUGAGCCCCCUGAUGGAAACGUACAAUCUCUUCAUAACAGUGAGGGUCCUUUGGAAAGACAGGCUGAAGCCGGCUCCUCAGUUAAAGUAGAGCCACCGGUCCCAACUCCAAGAAUUCUCACGCCUUUGCCUAGCAUGCAGAGGACUGUGUCGGGUAGCAGUUCUCUCUCUGAGCCCCCAAAGCCAGCACCAAGAAGUGCCCUAAAACAAAAAAAGAGUGUAUCUGUUUCUUUGACGGAUGAAUCAGAAACAGAAAAUGGGUCAAGCUCUGCCUCUACAUAUGAAGAAUUUUCUGCAGAAAAUUCUUUAAUCCCUAGUGAAAAACUAACAAGCAAUAGCUCGCUAGCAACUUCAGUAUCCAAUAUACUUAGUUCUGGAAGAGAUGGUGGAACCAUGGAUUCCUCUCAAAGUAUUAGUACCGAUCUCUCUCACUACGAAACAAGCACACAGCCUGGCAAUUUGAUCACUGGAGAUCUGAAUGUAAAACCCACCACCCUUUCUGCUAUUCCAGAAGUGGGAUUGGAUGAUGAGCAGCUGAGUGAUUAUCCCCAGGGUGCUGAAAAGAUUGCAGUUUCUGGAGAUUUGUCCAGGAGUGGAGAUGGUUCCUCAGAGUUACAGUCCUCCAUUGAGGAGAGAGAGCUGACAGCAAAUAAAAAGGCGACUGGUGAGAGGCAGACUGUAUCGCUUCUUGUGAAGACAAAUGCUCCUGAUGAUGGAUUUGAACUAAACAAACCAUUGGUCGCACCUUCAGCACUAGCCCUUGAAAAUGCAAGCCAUGAUGUAAAGGGAUUGGAGCAGAAGAAUGCUGACAGCUUAAUAGAAAAUAGACAGGGUGAUAGUCCUGAGUUCUCUGUUAAGCCCAUUCAUCUUUCCCCUCUGCCCAGUUCUUCUCACUCUAUUAGUUCUUUCCAAUCUGAUGCUUCUGGCUCUAACAGAGCAGAACCUACGAAAAAAGCUACAGCAGAGGGCUUGGAUGCCAAAGUGGAUCCCUCUGGCAAGAAGAAGCUGCUCCAGGCCUGGGUUUCACCCUCUGAAACACAUCCCAAUCAGAAUCUGCAGAGUGACGGAACUUAUCCUGCUAAGCUCAGACUUCAUCCUGUGAAACCAAUGCAUACUACAACAAGCAAAUCAUCUGCAAAAAACCAGACCAUAACAUCGAAGAUCUUGGAUAACCAAAAUGAAGCCGAUAUAAAGAAAUAUGAUCCUUCAGAUCCUGCCUACGCUUAUGGUCAAUUGACACACAGCGAGCUGAUUCAGCUUGUCUUGAAACAGAAAGAUGUGAUUGCAAAGCGAGAUCAGCAGGUUCGGGAGCUGGAAGACUACAUUGAUAACUUGCUUGUCAGAGUUAUGGAAGAAACCCCUAACAUUCUUCGAGCUCAAGCUCAUGUGAAUAAGAAAGCUGGAAAGAUGUGAAGGAACCAAUUCAACCUAAUCAAUGGCUUUCAUACUCAAACUUUGGAAGUAGUGGAUGUGGAAAAGCUGCUUGUACCGAAACAAAUUGUUAUUUACUUGUCUUAGGCUAGAGUUGACUUACCUUGGAGACUGCCUUAUAUAAUCUACAAAGUCAGUAGUGUUAAAAAAAAAAUCUUUUACCUUUCAGUACACAUUACAUGUUUUGCUGCUCCACAGGUGAAAGGCCUGAAAUUAUGGGACUGUGGAAGGAGUUGUGAGCCAGAUUUUAUCUGUGAAUAAGCUCCAAGGGGCACAUUUUUAAGGGUUUAGU